UCUCUGCCAGUUUUAAGAUAUUUAGUGCAAAACUAAGUUAAACUUCAUAUGCUAACUCAGUUGAACUCUUGAAUGACUGGCUAGCUAGGGGAUCAUAAUAGCACUGACAUGUAGGAUUAAUGCUCUAACGAGGAUAUGUGUUUUGUGAAAGUUUUUCUGCGUUCAGUUGGAUGACAUUUUGAUGAUCUCAUGGUGUUUUCAAAUUGAAAUAUCUUCUUUUGGUGCUUACUUUGCAACUCCUUCUGAAUUGAGAUUUGACUGUGGGGUACACCACUAUGUGUGAUUUUCUUUUUAUCUAAGCAGGUGGGAAGCCUAGAAGAUGUUCUGAGAAAAAUGGAGGUAAUGGAUUUUUUAGUUGAAUCAAUGUUUUCAACGUAAAGUACUCGCGUUUUAUUCACAUCGACUCCAUUUCUUGUGUAGACAAGUGAGAAGAACUCAGGAUGGGAAGAUUUGAUUUUCAUUCCACCUGGUAAAUCCCAGUCCGAACACAUUCAGGAAAUAACCAAAUCAUAGUUGCUUGAGAUUUGGCAUAAACUCUCCAUCGCGUAGAGCUAUCAGUGAAAAUCACAGCAAGAGUUUUGGCACGCGUUACCAGGCCAGUAGCUAUACAGGUCAGAUAUUGAGACGAUCUCAUUAUUUUCCUUUCCUUAACCCUUUUAACUAGGAGCUCAGGAUGAGAUUCCUUAACCUGGAGCAUUCCAUUUCCCAGGUGCGGCCUGGAUAGCUUUGAGUUAUGAGGUUCAUCACGAUUCGAUGUUGUUUGUAGAAGGUUAUGGAAUGCUAACUCCCGACGGCUAACUUGUUGGAACUUGUUCCAUUACUUUUUCCUAGCCUUAGAAUUUGGUGACAUGGAAGUUACAUCGAGUUUUUGUGAGUCUGCGGGUUGAUGCUUCUAUUAUGUUAUACUUCGUUGGCAGUUUAUAUUAUGCAAGUAUACAUCAUGAUAUCUCUGCUGAAGUUUCUCUAGGGCAUAGACAUUCAAUAAGACAGCCAGGUAACAGGAAGAACUAGAGAAUGGAUUUUUCCUUAUCCCCAUAGUAGUCCCUCCAGCUCCAAGACUCGGCCUGGCCCAUUAUCCAAAGGCCCACAUCUUCAAUUUAUCUGCCAUGAAUAACAAAGGAGCGAUAGAUAUUGAACCUUUAAUAGAGUCUCUGAUUCUUGAGUGCGAGUGCUUUGAGAUGACUAGUACGAUUGAGGAAGAUUAUAUUCCUUUUCAAUCGAACUUCCAUGCAUCUGUGGUGCCUGUGAGUAACACUCGACAGCCCUGAUUGACUAGAUUUCUUAGGACUUAUUAGCUGCCGACAAACAAACAAAAAAAAAAAAAAAGGAGGGUAAAACCAUUUGCUUCAAUGGGUAAAUUAGGAGGGUAAACUAUUUGCUUCAAUAGGUUUAAAUCCAUUGGAUGGGUUUAAAAGGAUCUUGCAUGUGCUCAAAGUAGGGGUGAAUGUUUGGUUCGGUUAACCAAAAUGAAACCAUUAGAAAUCGAGACCCAAACUAGGUUGUUGUCCAAAAUCGAAACCGCGAGCUUGUUGGUUUUUAACUAAGCUGUUUAUGGAUUUGAUUUCAAUCAGAAAAUUUUGAAAGAUAAAAAAUGGCCCUUGAUUGUGUAUUUGUGUUAAGGUUUAUUGGGGCUUCUAUUGUUUUAUUAACGGUUUAGGAUUUUAACCGAAACUAUUAAGGAUGACCUUACCGGUUUUUACUCAUUAAGGAAAAUCGUAACAUAAAAUUUCAUUUCGGUUAACACCAAAAAAUCAAAACUGAACCACCACCUCUAGGUCAAACUAAUCCAGUGAACGAAAAGUAAGUAAGAGACCUGGUUCAUAAAUGCAAUGGUUGAAGCGGUUAUCUUGAAAGGGAAAGUUUUGAUACUAUGUUAAUAUAACUUGUUUGUCUGAAUAACUUUUAAAGUUGUUGGUAAGAGUUAAAUUACUAAAGUUAUAUAUUUUAUUUUACAAAAACAUAGAUAAAAUUAGGGCUGGCUAUUUGGUCUCGGACUGUUUGGUUUUACCCGAAACCGGACCGUAUAACCCGGAUCCGGACCGCACUGGGACCGGAUAGCAAACAAUGCAAUCUCAUAUUCGGGCUUAGAUUUGAGGUAAAACACCGGAUAAGAGACCCCAAACACCUAAAAUCAAGAUAAAAUUGGGACCGAACCGGGUCAAGAUCGGACCGGAUCAAGACCGGACUGUAUCCAAUUCAAUCUUUGGUCCUUAUAUUCCCGAAAAGACCGGACUGGAACCGGAUCAAUUUGGUCCAAUUUAACCGGAUUGGACCGUAUAGCCACCCCUAGAUAAAAUGCACAAAAAUAACACUUUGUUUUCUCUUUGUUUCUAACCAAAGUACCUGUUGAAUCCAGUAAUCCUGUCAAUUGGCAAUAAACUUGGAUACGUGAUGGGGUUAAACAAAACCAAAUAUUGAAACCUCUUCUCUUGUGGUCGAUCGUGUAAACCAUGUUCACCCAAUCCUGAUGGCGAUCAUCAAUCAUCAUCAUGAAUGAUCAUGCAUUAUAUAUGUGGGUGAGUUGUGGGAAACGUUGAUAUUCGAUCUACUAAUCAAUAAACUAUUGUUUGUUGCAUUACUUAAUCUAAUAUUUUAUCAUUGCAUCCGAACAUAUCUGUGUUGAACCACAUAAGACUAAAAUACUCAAAUCAAAAUUAUCAAAUAACCGAAUAAGGGUGGCAAGAAAUAAAUAUUUCUCUUCCACAUUUUGUAACGGACAAAAGCGACGUUUCAUUGCUAGUAGGAGGCUGACUGUCCAACCGAAGAAAGUUGGUGUGGGAAGGUUCAGCUGCCUUUGCCUGCCUUAUCCUCCCUCCCUUUCCUUGCCUCUAAUCCUAAGAUUCCACCCACAUUAUCACCAUUCACCAUACCAUUCCUCAACCAAUAUACAAAUUUCACAUUUCAAUUAAACCGACCAAACGUUUGAAUCAGAGUACCUCAACGACUACAUAAUUUGAUCUUCUCGACCCAGUUAAUGUUAUCGCUAAAAAAAAAAAAUUUAAACAAAUUGAAUCCACAUCAAACUAAAUGGGGUCGACCCGAGUCUAUUCUAAUAUUAAUCUUUCAUGCCCUUUAUCUUGAUUGGAUUCGAUUUCAUCCUAUCCACACUCCUAAUUUUAUGUUUAUGUCUCCUGGGCCAUAGGUAAACCAAAGCUUGGAGAAUUAGUGCUGGCUAUUUGGUCCGGAUUUUUUGGUUUUAUUUGAAAUUGGAUCGUAUAAUCCGGACCGAGACCGGACCGGAACCGGAUAGCAAACAAUCCAAUCUAAUUUUCGGGCCUAGAUUUGAGGUAAAAAAACAGUUUGAGACCGAACCGAAAACCGGAUAAGAGAGCCCAACACCAAAAAAUUUAACCUCCUCCCCCUUUCAGACCAUAGGCCACUAAAAUUCCCCCCUAAGAACACUCAAAUUUUCACAAGCUCAAUCUAAAAUCAAGACCGAAUUGGGACCGGACCGGACUGUAUCCAAUCCAAUCUUUAGUCCUUAUAUUCUCGAAAAGACCGUACAGGGACCGGAUCAAUUCGGGCCAAUUUAACCGGAACGAACCGUAUAGCCACCCUAUAGAGAAUAUAAUGGAAUGUUAAAUAGGAAAUCAAAAUAUGUGGAAAAUAUAAGACGUCAAAAGGAUUCUAGAAUUAGUAAUAAACGCCACCAAUAAACAUUUGGGAAACAAGUAAUGUAGCAGCAGCAGCAGCAGCCUGCAUAGCUCUCCAAUCUCCAUCUCCCUCUUUCAUUCUUGGCCCGGCCAAUUAGUCUUCAAGGCAAGGAAACCCACCUCAUCAUAAACUGCCACGUGGAACUCACCCAUUGCCUCAUAAACCACAAGUCUCCAGUCUCUUCCAAGCUGUCGCCUCUUAUAACCACUCCCUAAAUAAACCCUCCAUUAUAUAUAAACCCUCAUGAUCUCACCUUAAAAGUCUUACCUAGCUUUCUAGGGGGAGUUACGUUAUAAAGGACAUAAUCUACACAUAGACCUCCCCCGGCCAAACCAGUUUUUUUCCUCCAAAACAGAAGGAGAAAGAAAAAAUAAUGGGGGAAGGGGCGAUCGGUUUUCAAAAGACGAUGAUGAUGAAAUACUACUCUUUUGUCCCUUCAAAAGCCCUACUCAUUAGGCUCAACUUGGUUGCCAUAGCACUCUUCCUGAGUGCCUACGCCGCUCUCGUCCUCCGCCCUUCCUCCUCCCUCUACUUUGAGAAUGCCGGAGUUCUCGUCAGAUGCUCUCUUCGCAACUGUCAAGGUAAGAUGGAAGGUGGGAUCAAGAUGAAGGCCGUACUAGAAGACCCACCACAACAACAACAAGGAGCGACCAUCAUGAACAUGAAGCACUCCGGGGCCGGCACCACGAAACCCAACCGAAACGUUUCGAAGCUCGAGGUUCCCAGCUUCAUGUCCUCCAUCGCCGGCCACCGGCGGUCGAGGCUUAAGAUCGGGAUGGUGAACGCGGACGAUGACGACGUCAGCGACUGGGGUGGUGUUGGGGAGGUGGUGCCGAUCAAGUACGAGCGUGUCUCGCCUGAGCUGUUCAAGUGGGAGGAACUUUUCCCGGAGUGGAUCGACGAGGAGGAAGAGAGCGACGUGCCGACGUGUCCCGAGGUGCCGAUGCCGGAUUUCGCGGCGUACGGGAACGUGGACGUGGUGGUGGCAAAAGUGCCAUGCAGGUACCCGGAGGAUUUGUGGGCCCGUGACGUGGCGAGGCUGCAGGUGCACCUGGUGGCGGCCAACGUGGCGGCGAGGAAAGGGCGGAGGGACUGGAGCUGGCGGACGAAAGUGGUGCUGUGGAGCAAGUGCCGGCCGAUGGUGGAGCUUUUCCGGUGCGAUGAGAUGGUGGCGAGGGAAGGGGACUGGUGGUUCUACCAGCCGGAGAUGACGAGGCUGGAGCAUAAGGUUUCGCUGCCGGUUGGGUCUUGUAAGCUGUCGCUGCCGUUGUGGGCCCAAGGCACCGACGAGGUCUACGACCUCUCCAAGAUCCAAACAUCAACCAAAACGGUGCGCAAAGAAGCCUACGCCACCGUCCUCCACUCCUCGGAGACCUACGUCUGCGGCGCCAUCACCCUGGCCCAGUCCCUCCUCCAAACCGGUACUAAACGCGACCUCAUCCUCCUCCUCGACGCCUCCAUCUCCCACCCCAAACGCGCCGCACUCGCCGCCGCGGGGUGGCAGCUCCGCCUCAUCACCCGCAUCCGCAACCCACGCGCCGAGAAGCACUCCUACAACGAGUACAACUACAGCAAGUUCCGCCUCUGGCAGCUCACCGACUACGACAAGGUCAUCUUCAUCGACGCCGACAUCAUCGUCCUCCGCAGCCUCGACCUCCUCUUCCACUUCCCCCAGAUGUCCGCCACCGGGAACGACAACUGGAUCUUCAACUCCGGCAUCAUGGUCCUCGAGCCUUCCAACUGCACGUUCCAGAUCCUAAUGGACAAGCGGUCGGAGAUCGUCUCCUACAACGGCGGCGACCAGGGUUUUCUCAACGAGGUUUUCGUGUGGUGGCACCGCCUCCCCAGGCGCGUGAACUACCUCAAGAACUUCUGGGCCAACACGACCAACGAGGCGACCGUGAAGAACGAGAUGUUCGGGUCGGAACCCGCGAAAGUGUACUCGAUCCAUUACUUGGGGUUGAAGCCGUGGAAUUGUUAUAGGGAUUAUGAUUGUAAUUGGAAUGUUGCGGAUCAGAGGGUUUACGCUAGUGACGUGGCGCAUGAGCGGUGGUGGAGGUUUCACGACGCCAUGGAUUCCGGGUUGCAGAGGUUUUGCGGGCUGAGUAAACAGAGGAAGAUUGAGCUGGAUUGGGAUCGGCGGAUGGCGAGGAAAGCUGGGUUUAUUGAUCAGCAUUGGAAGAUUAAUGUCACUGAUACGAGAAGGAAGCAUUUGGUUUCCUGAUUGCUGUGGAAGGAAAGGGGGAAGGGGGAAUUCUUUUCUUUUUUUAAUUACUAUACUUUUUGUUUCUUUUUUUUUAUCUUUUUACCGAGGGGUAAUAAUAUUUUUACUUGUAAAAUUCAGGUUGUUUUUUUUUUUUUUUUGGUUGGAGGAUCUUGGUGGUGGGUUUACGGUUUAUUUACUACUCUACAUUUUUAAUCUAGAGUAUCAGUCACAAAUAUGUGGAUUAUGAAAAUACAAAUCUAGUUAAUUU